CGAUCUCCAAGUCGACAGGAAGUAUCAGCAUCUCCUGGAGUUUUUUUUAACAGUCUUUCCCGAGCAUCAAGGAAAUGGCAUCCUAUCUAUCAGGCAGCGAAGCUUUUGCCCGUGAAAAGGCUGCGCAGGAUGGAUCAACCACUUCAUCGUCGACUGCCUGGGCCGACAAGUACCGUGGGGCCACCGUUGAAGAUCUGGAUCCUCCCCCCGCCCUCUCGGUAUCGCCCGACGACCAGAUCUCCGCCGCCCUCCUGGCGGCGUAUGAGCGCGAUUACACGCACCUGACGGUGAUCUCAUCCCACCGCUCGCUCAUGGGGUACCUGAGCAUCCCGCGGCUGCGCACGAUGCUCUCGGAGGGGGUGGUAAACGAAUCCGACCCGGUGUCUGCGGCGAUGCAGCGGUUCAAUCGCAAACGAGGCUCGUACCAGGUGAUCACCAUGGAGACACCCCUGGAGGAGCUGGAACGCUUCUUCGAGUGCGAGGCUGGACCAGACGGGACAACGCGCGAGAAGCAACUGUUUGCUGUUGUCACGGACGCAUCGCGGAAGUUUGUGCUCGGGGUGGCCACCAGGGCGGAUCUGGAGGAGUUUGUCAAGAGGAGGCCAACGUAA